UUUACAAAAUAGAGUAGUCAGUAUGACUUUGGCGGGAUUAUAACAGUAUACAAAAUUGCUUAAAUAACGUUUAUUUCAAUAACCAAAAUAUGAAGUGUGUUCAUGUGCAGUUUUAUUUUCUUUUAUAUCAUAUAAUAAGUUUAUCACUUAUUCAUAACACUGAUCAAGUAGCAAUAAAUAUUGAUGGGGAUUUAACAAUUGUUGGACUGUUUCAAAUCCACGAGUCGGAAAAUGAAGAUUGUGGAUUGGGAGUAAAAGCAUCGUCUGUUAUAACAUCUGAAGCUGUGAAAUGGUACAUAGAGGGUUUAAACAAACACGGAAAGCUUCCUUUCAAAAUAGGUUUCGAGGGGUAUGAAACAUGCCGCUUAAAACACAAGGCUGCGGAAAUUGCCAUAAAGGUGAUGGACAGGGCUUUGGCGAAUGAAAGUAUCGUAGGAAUCGUUGGCCCCGAGUUCAGUUCAGAAGCAGAAGUUAUUUCACCCAUUUUGAGUUCAGCUCGAACAGAGAAUCGCUUAGUUCAAGUUGGGUUUUCAACAACAGCUACACGUUUAAGUGAUGACCGGAAGUAUCCAAACUUUGUACGAGUUGUUCCGAAUGAUGACGUUCAGGUUGAGGUGAUGAUACAGACGAUGAAGGAACUUGAGUGGAAUCGGAUAGCGAUUAUUUUUGAAGAUGAUACAUACGGCAGAGAUGCCAGCUCCCGUCUUACUCUAAGAGCCAAACAGGAGAGCAUUUGUAUAUCUAUGGACAGUGGUAUCCCUGUGAAUAAUGGUGUCAGCGCAAAUGAUAUUUUAACUUUACUAAACAAUAUCAUCUAUGGUUCCACAAAUAGUCCAUCUAUAAAUGGAAUAGUUUAUAUUGGAUUUAGUUUAUUUGCACGAUCUAUUUUUAUUUCUUUAGACAAUACUGGUUUUUCGACAGUCCCUAUUGUUAUGCUUUCAGAAGGCAUCAAUAUGCAGACAAGUGUGUUUAAAAAUUUGAAUGGUUUUGCAAGACCAGCGGCCAAAGGCUCUCUUGCUCUGGCACCAAGCUACUUGGAAGUCACUGAAUUCGCUCAUCAUUGGAAAGCGAUAUUCACAAAUAAAACUUACUUUCAGAAAGAGUCUCUCACUAAUCCAUGGCUAACAGAUCUUUAUCAUGAAAUCACAGAAUGUGAAAAUAGAAACUGUGAGUUUGCUGAAUUGACUGAAAGUGAAUUUGGAACAGCUUUUGAAGCGCAGCCUCUGUAUGUCCAGUAUUCCAUUAUAGCAGCACAUGCACUUGUAAAAGAAAUAAAAGAACUCCAAGAAAAACACUGCGUUAACUCAGGGUUCUGCGAUGCAUUCAAAACAAAAUUUCGUACUGGUGAUCUGCUGGAAAAUCUUAAAGAAAUAGACAUAGAUAUGUCAGCAGAUUUUCAAUGGAAGCUAGACUCACUUUCGGGUCGGAAGUUACAACUGACAGAGAACGGCACUAAUGACAUCGUUAAGCCAAAUGGCCAAUCAAACUACCAAGUGUUCAAUUAUAGAAAAGCAAACGAAGUGUCUACCGAAUUUGUAUUAAAAAGGAUAAGCGACUAUGCUGACAUGGAUUUGGUCAUUAACAAGGAUGAACUCCGAGAUUAUACCAUUCAGGGUGCGGAGCGAACAUGGCCAGAUGUGAGAAAAGCUCAGUGCAAUAUUGAAACCAAAUGUGAAGAAUGCAUUCCGAUUUUAGACAUCCAUGAAAGUUUCAUUUUCGAACCAGGAGAUGUAUAUGUCGUAGGAGUUGUCGCAGUAUUUGACAGUGACAGCAAUGGGGUAGAUGGAUGUGGAGACAUACGUAAAGUCAGUGGAUACCAAACUGCAGAAUCUAUGAGAUUUGCCGUUGACAAAGUAAAUGAGAAAACCGGUGAUUUUUCAAACUUCUUCCCAGGUGUACAGAUUGGUUUGAUUGUAUUGAAUUCAUGCAAUAAUCCUUUGGUGGUGCAGAGGAAAAUACACGAACUUUUCAAGAAUGGAGUAAAGAUGGCUAAUGGUUCCGCUGUUGACAUUCGUAAUAAAGUCAUCGGUUUCGUUGGUGAUAUUAGUAGCAGCAUUAGUAUUGCUAUGGCAGAAUUACUGUCAAGGUUAAAGUUUGUGCAGAUAAGCUUCGCCUCUACGAGUCGCCUGCUAAGCGAUAGGUCAAAGUACCCGUAUUUUAUGAGAGUUGUCACACCGGAUGACGCCCAAGCUAAAGCAAUGAUAAGGAUUAUUCAGGAACUUAAUGCAGAUUUUGUCCAAAUUGUUUAUAGUACAGGUGCAUAUGGCGAGGCCGGAAAAGAUAAGAUCAAAGAAGCUGCAUAUCAAAACAAAAUUUGUGUAGUUCAGGAAAUUCCAGUUGAAGAAUAUGGUAGCGCCUACGCAAUAUUUGAAAAGCUGAGGCGGGAAGCUCACGCAAGAAUCGUUAUAAUAUUUCUUCAGUCCCAUCGUAUAUACAAUAUAAUGUCCGCUCUGGUAUCUCAAAUUGACUCUAGAGGAGAGUUCAUGUUUAUUGGGUCAGAGGCAUGGGCUCGCAAAAAGGACCCACUUGUGAAUGACGAAAAGCAGAUACUUCUGGGUUCUUACACACUUGCGCUUGAAAUGUAUCAAGACAAUGAAUUGCGCAGCUACAUACAGAACAUUACGCCUAAGCCGUAUAGCCAAAAUCCAUGGUCAUUGAUUUAUCUUCAAACAAAAAGAAAUUGUUUCUUUGAUUUUAGUUUUGACAAGACACAGCCAGAAAAAUGCUCCUCGGCUAAUGAUUAUAGCACCGAUCCAAAUUUUGAACUUGACUCAUGGGAUACUUCCGCUUUUGUUGCAGUUAAAAGUCUUCUAAUCGCUGCUAAUGCUUUUCUUAAGGAGAGAUGUGGCUCUACCGCUCACGGACUUUGUGCUGAAUUCACAAAUAAUCCUAAAGGUCUAACCGAUGCUAUACGUGCGACAAAACUCGAUCUGGAUGGGUCUGGAAACAAGAUAAAAGUGUUUAAUGAAAAUGGAGAUGGUAAUAUCGGCUACAGAAUCUACAACAUUCAAAAGGAUGAUGAUCCCCAAAACCUCAUUUAUGUUGAGGUCGGACGGUAUCCACUAGGAGGCACAUUUACAUUCGAGAAAAGCAUGACGGUACACCCAACAGGAGCACAGAUCGUGUCCACCUGCCCCAAUAAGAAGGCUUGUUCUGGCUGCUUUGGGACAGAAACGAUAGUUGACAAAACAGAAGACGAAGCAGAAUCUGUUGAUGUCGGAAUGCUGGUACUUGGCGUCCUGCUGGCUGUUGCUGUCAUCAUUGUGGUUAUCCUGGUUUUAGUUACUUUGCGAUUGCGCAAAGUGCGUGCAGGAGCCAGUGAGAUUUAUCUGACUCCGACGAUAGGAAGUGAAGGCGGCCGGAGUUUAACGAGACAGGAAGCGAUUGGAAGUGAGGAGUUUUCCGUAAUCACCCCUUGAAAUACAAACAAACGACACUUGACACACAAAUAUCCGUUUUUUGUUGUUGUUUUUUUUUGUUUUGUUUUUUUGUUGUUGUGCAUUUUUCACGUUGAAAGCUUACCUAGUGACUGAGCGACGCUUUUUCUCCUGGCCGACAAAGACUGUUUCAAGUUUGUUUAUUUGUUUGUUCGUUUUGGAAUAAAAGCCGUUUUCUUUCAACAGUAUUUCAGUUACGUAACGGCUUGAAAUUAACCUAACCAGUGUCCCUGGAUUCUGUAACAGCAUAAACAAGUUAUCAGCUGACAACUUCCCCACAUGAAUCAGAGUUUGAAGAUGGUCCAGUUCAGACUCAAUGACUUUUAUCAAAUCGUAAAGGAGAACACACGCCUCGCCCGAGUAUCGAUCUCACGAUCCAACGAUGUACAUUUGUGCUCUCCCUAUUGAGAUAAGCGGGCGAGCUCGACUGUAUUAGGUGUGACCGGAUUUAAACCCAUAUGUUACAUUAUUUGCAUUCGAAUAUGAAAUUAAUGUACAACUAUGUUUUUCAAACUCAAAAGAACACUACUACGAAAUUCAUUUUAUCUGUCUUAUUUUAUCUUCAUGUAUUUUUUAUAAAUAAAUCUAUACUUUGAUUGUUAAA